CAAGGGUUCAAAAUGGAAAAAUAGAUAGAGAGGGGUAAAUAUGAAAAGAAGAAAAUAUACAUUCUCAGAAGCAAAAUUUGCACAAAGAUAAGGGUCACAACGGUAAAUACUAUGAUAAUAAAUAAUUACAAAAUAUAAUUCGUAAUAUAAUGUCUUUUCGUCGUUUGGUUUGAAAUGUUGGAUUGAUAAAAAGGGCAGCGGCAAUUCAGAGACCAAAGGGGACAGUGACCCACCGUGACAAGCGCAGCUUAAUAGUUCAGCCGCCUUAACUCGUUUCUUGCAAAGGCCAAAGGGAGUCUACGUAUUGAACUGACGAGAACAGGGCUUCUGAUUGUGAAAUUUUGGUCUUUGGAAAGCCCAUACUGAUGAUGUUGGCCAAAACUGAAGCGAGGAAGAAGAAUGGUGAGGAUUCGGGUAAUGGGAAAUUGUUGAAUGAAAUUGAAGCUAUUAGCAAAGCUUUGUAUUUGGACAAGAAUCCUUCAAGGACUUCAUUUUCUGCUUUUAAUACUCGGUCCAAACCAGCCGGGAAAACCCACUUGCCCGAACCAAAAUCAAAGCUUAAGAAUAAUAAUGAGGACCCAUCACGUAAAGACAAGAAAUCCAUUUGGAAUUGGAAGCCGUUGAAAGCACUUUCGAAUGUUAGAAACCGUAGGUUUGCUUGUUGUUUCUCACUUCAAGUACACUCCAUUGAAAGUUUGCCUGUACGUUUUAAUGAUCUUAGUCUAUGUGUGCAUUGGAAGAGACGGGAUGGGGGUCUAGUGACUCGUCCUUCUAAAGUUUUUGAUGGAACUGCUGAAUUUGAAGAGAAGUUGACGCAUACAUGCUCUGUAUAUGGUAGUAGAAGUGGUCCUCACCAUUCAGCCAAGUAUGAGGCAAAGCAUUUCCUGCUCUGUGCCUCUGUGUUUGGAGCACCAGACCUUGAUUUGGGGAAGCAUCGAGUUGACCUUACGCGGUUACUUCCGCUUACAUUGGAGGAACUGGAAGAAGACAAGAGCUCAGGGAAGUGGACAACAAGUUUUAAGUUAUCAGGGAAGGCCAAGGGUGCUACAAUGAAUGUUAGUUUUGGUUAUAUGGUUAUUGGGGAUAAUUCCGUUCCACUUCGAGAUAAUCAGUAUGGCACUGAGUUGUCACACAUGAAGCAGAAUAAUCUGAGUAGGGGAAAAGCAGCUACUAAAUUUGGUCACAGUGAUCAGAAGGGCACAAUGAGGCGUGUUGAGAGUCUUCCUAGUUCAGUUAGCAUCAGGUCACUUGGCUCAUCUCGCUUCGUGGAGGAGAUAAAAGAUCUUCAUGAAGUUUUACCGGUGUCAAAGUCAGAGCUUAAUGAUAUAAAUAUGCUAGAUCAGAAACUUGAUGAAGACAAGUCAGAUGCUUCGGCUGCUUCCAAGCCUGAAUCUGAUGUGUUAACUGAAAAUUUUGAGCCCAUCAGACCUCCGGCUUCCCUUGCAUUUGAAUCAAGUAAGGAGAAUAUUGAAAAAGAAACUGAAGAUAAUGACUUCUCUGUUGUGGAAAAAGGGAUAGAGUUAUCUUCAGAAGAACAGGCUAGGUUGGAGGAAGAUUCUGUUAUGUCUGCUUUAUCAACAGUAGAAAGCCCUCAAGUUGUUGAAAUUAAUCCUGGCAUGGAAGUAAAUUCUGAAGAAUGCUCUCAGCUUCAUUCCUCAAAUGAGGAGAAUGGUAGUAAUCAAGGUGAUGUGCUUGUGGUGCAAGAUUGCAAUUCCAAAGAGGAUGACCACUGCUCAAAAGAAUCACUGACGAGAGAACUGGACUUAGCUUUAUAUGGCAUAAAAAAUUUGGAGGCAGCAUUAGAUUCUCCUGAUCCUGAAGACCUGGAAAACUACAUGGAGAAUAAAGCUAAUUAUAAAACAAAUAGGAAGGCAAAGUCACUUAGCUUGGAUGAAGUUACUGAAUCUGUCGCAAGUGAGUUCUUGAAUAUGCUUGGUAUUGAUCACAGUCCAUUCAGCUUGAGUUCUGAGAGUGAACCUGAGUCACCAAGGGAGCGUUUGCUAAGGCAGUUUGAGAAAGAUAUACUAGCUAGUGGUUUUCCGUUAUUCAAUUUUGACAUGGCUGAUGGGGAGGAACUAGAAUCUGGCUUUGACACCUCACCUGCACCUGGUUGGGGGAACUUGACUGAGGGUUUUGAUCUGUCAUCUGUUAUUCAAGAUGCUGAGCAAGAGCAUCAGAUGGCAACUAAUGGGAGGAUCAAAACGAGGGCUAAAGUAUUGGAAGACUUGGAGACUGAAGCUCUUAUGCGUGAGUGGGGAUUGAAUGAGAAGGCUUUUCAGCAUUCUCCAUCUGGCUCUUCUGGUGGGUUUGGGAGUCCAGUUAGUUUGCCUCCUGAAGAUCCACUUGAACUGCCACCUCUUGGAGAUGGUUUAGGUCCAUUUCUUCAGACAAAAAAUGGAGGGUUUUUACGGUCUAUGAAUCCCUCUCUUUUCAGGAAUGCCAAAGGUGGUGGGAGCUUGAUCAUGCAGGUGUCUAGUCCAGUUGUUGUACCUGCAGAAAUGGGUCCUGGUAUAAUGGAUAUACUUCAGCGACUGGCCUCAGUUGGGAUUGAGAAGCUCUCUAUGCAGGCAAGUAAGUUGAUGCCUUUGGAGGAUAUAACCGGUAAGACUAUGCAACAAGUAGCAUGGGAAGCUGGGCCCACUCUGGAGGGACUGGAGAGGCAGUGUCUGUUGCAGCAUGAAUUUGAGGUUGGGCAAGAUAUGUUUAGUGGGCAAAAGAAAGUUAAAAGAUCACCUCUACCCAGCUUUAACAAACUUAAUUCAACCUCUGUCAAUGAGAUGGGCUCAGAUUAUGUGUCCCUUGAGGAUCUUGCACCAUUGGCAAUGGAUAAGAUUGAAGCACUCUCAAUAGAAGGAUUGAGAAUUCAAUCGGGCAUGUCAGAUGAGGAUGCAUCUUCAAACAUCAGUGCACAGUCUAUUGGGGAAAUUUCGGCUCUUCAAGGCAAGGGGUUUGGUAUUAGUGGGUCCCUUGGUCUGGAGGGAACUGGUGGGUUGCAAUUGUUGGACAUAAAAGACAGUAGUGAUGAUGUUGAUGGAUUAAUGGGUCUCUCAUUAACUCUUGAUGAAUGGAUGAGACUUGAUUCUGGGGAUAUUGAUGAUGAAGAUCAAAUAAGUGAGCGAACUUCUAAAAUCCUUUCUGCUCAUCAUGCUACAUCAUUGGACUUGAUUCGCAGAGGGUCGAAGGGAGAGAAAAGACGGGGUAAAAAGUGUGGUUUAUUAGGGAAUAACUUCACAGUGGCAUUGAUGGUGCAACUUCGCGAUCCUAUAAGAAACUAUGAGCCAGUUGGUGCACCAAUGCUUGCUCUUAUUCAAGUGGAGAGAGUAUUUGUCCCACCAAAGCCAAAGAUAUACAGUACUGUUUCAGCUUUCAGGAACGACAAUCAAGAGGACGAGGACUCUGAAUCUGCUGUGAAAGAGGAGGUGAAAAUCGAGGAGAAGAAAGAAGAAAAAGCUUCCCAAGAGGAAGGGAUUCCUCAAUUCAGAAUCACAGAAGUCCAUGUUUCAGGUUUGAAGACCGAGCCUGGCAAGAAGAAACUUUGGGGUACGACAACCCAACAACAGUCUGGUUCUCGAUGGUUGCUUGCCAAUGGAAUGGGAAAGAGCAAUAAACAUCCAUUAUUGAAGUCCAAGGCUGCUUCUAAAUCUUCAACCCCCCCAACAACAAAGGUUCUGCCAGGUGACACUUUGUGGAGCAUCUCAUCUCGUAUUCAUGGUACUGGGGCUAAAUGGAAAGAAUUGGCAGCCCUUAAUCCGCAUGUUCGAAAUCCUAAUGUUAUAUUCCCCAAUGAAACUAUCGGAUUGUGAUGAGUUGCACGUGCAUUGGAAUCUGCUUAAAAGGAUUAGUGCUUCUAAAUAAGAUGAUGUGGCUGAUAGCAAGCCGCAGUAUACAGCUUUGAGAUUAGAUAGUGUUCAUGAGUUCUGCUUGUAGAGGAUUUUCUGGUAUUUAUUUUGAAUGUGUUCAAUCAUGCAAUUCAAGUCAAAAGCAAAGGUGGGGUUACAUUUUCGUUCCGGUGUUGUGAAUUUAUAUGUUUUUAUGAUCAAGAAAGCAUGGUGUUAUUUGUGUCAUUUAAUGUAAAUUGUGUAGUCUCAUUUGUCUCUGUUCACUCCUGCAGCUAGUCUCUGUCGCAAAAAAUCAAGCUUACAUAGGCUUGUUUUAUUGGUAGAAUACAAUUAAACUUUUGUUGCCACGAGAAUUG